UCCUUUCACUUCAGCCCGGCGUGUCGUAUAUAAAUACCGCUUUCAGCCGACAUUUAUUCGAGGAAAUCUUGUGUUUCUUCCCGGCGGGUGGUGAGCAGAUAGGCCCUGAGUGGACUUGGUUGAUUUCACCAGCACAAGCCAAGAAAACGUUGCGCUCAGGUUAACUCGUGGCUCAGAUCAGCCAUCUUAAGACUUAAACACCUAUCAUCUCUGCCUUAACUACAACCCCACCCGCCAGUUCUUCUCUGUAACCACGCCGACCCAAAGCCUUCAAAAUGAUGCAGAUCACCAGUGACUCCGCCAGCAACAAGCACUCCCUCAUCAACGUCAUGCACCGCUUCAUAGCCGCUGCCAACAACAUGGACGAGACCAUCAUGGUGCCGAGCCUGCUGCGAGACAUGCCACUGGAGGAGCAGGCCACCAGCGAGAAGGAGGCCAACAAUAACAAUGAGCCGCAGUGUCCCAACAAGCAGAGGGACAUGUACGAGCACUACCUGCUCCUCAAGUCCAUAAAGAACGACAUGGAGUGGGGUCUUCUGAAGAGGGAGAUGAGCAGCGGCGCCAGCUUCCUGGAGAUGGCGGUGAAGCAAGAGGAGCAGCAGCAGGUCACUGGGGAUCUGCUCCAAGAUAACCACUCUGACCUGGAGCGUCAGUUUCAUUAUCACCUCAGAGGACUGUUUGGAGUUCUGUCCAAACUCACAACGCAAGCAGACAACCUCACCAACCGGUACAAGAGGGAAAUUGGAGGAGGAAACUUCAUCAGAUAGAAGUCUCUUUCUUUUCUUUUUUUGCACCCACCCCUCCCACUUUACCCUGAAUGCUUGACUUGGAAAAAAUGGGAUGUGUUUAAAAGCCCCGUUUUUGGUUAAUAGAUCUCAAUGGACAGUGAACUGACCAGGGCAAAUACGUUGUGACCUGUGUAGUGACACUCCCGCACUUCCUCUUGUUCUUCCCUAACACCAAACAUACCUGAAACCAGUGAUGCCUGCACAUGUCUGCCUGAGCCUGCUUAUUGUUGCAGAGGUCGACAUUAGUGCUUGGUGGAGGUUUUAAUUAAAUCUGUACCCAAGUCCAAAUGAAGCACAGCUCUAGUUUUUGCAGAAAAUUGCACUCCCUUAUGUCUUUAUUUCACAUUUGAGCACCAUCACCAUGUCAGUGUGUCUGAUUAUUAAUAAAAGGUUUCACUGUAGGAGAUUUGAAUGCUGGUUAUUCGUCCCUCCUUUUUUUUUUUUUUUAAAUUCCCGUCAU